UCAGGUACGCGGCCAUGGCGCUGGGCUCCACGGGCCCUCCCCUCCGCGCGGGGGAUGCCGGGAGGGCGGCGCGGCCUCGCCCGCUCUCCGCCGAGCGGGCCCGGAGCCGCCAUGAGCCGCGCCAAGUUCAUCGAUAUUGGUAUUAACCUGACAGAUCCUAUGUUCAGAGGAAUCUACAGGGGAACACAGAAACAUCAAGAUGACCUUCUGGAUGUAAUAGAGAGAGCAGUCAAAGUUGGCAUUAAAAAGUUUUUGAUUACAGGUGGGAGUCUAGAAGAUAGUAAAGAUGCAUUGCAGCUGGCACAGACAAAUGAUAUGUUUUUCAGUACAGUUGGUUGUCAUCCUACUCGCUGUGGAGAAUUUGAGCAGAGUAGCCCUGAACAGUAUUUAUCUGAAUUAAAAAAUCUGAUUGAAAAAAAUAGGACAAAGGUAAUAGCAGUUGGAGAAUGUGGCUUAGAUUUCGAUAGAUUAGAAUUUUGCCCAAAGGACAUCCAACUCAAGUAUUUUGAAAAACAAUUUGACUUAUCAGAACAGAUGCAGCUGCCCAUGUUUCUGCACUGUAGAAAUGCACAUGCUGAAUUUUUAGACAUAAUGAGAAGAAACAGAGAUAGAGUUGUAGGAGGGGUGGUACAUUCUUUUGAUGGCACAAAGGAACAAGCAGCAGCUCUAAUAGAUUUGGAUCUUUAUAUCGGAAUAAAUGGCUGUUCACUGAAAACAGAAGCCAACUUGGAAACAAUGAAAUCAAUUCCUAGUGAACGAUUAAUGAUAGAGACUGAUGCACCUUGGUGUGGAGUGAAAAAUACUCAUGCUGGAUCAAAAUACAUUAAAACUACAUUUCCUACGAAAAAGAAAUGGGAAAAAGGGCACUGCUUGAAGGACAGAAAUGAACCCUGCCAUAUAAUUUUCUUUUUCAGGAAACACACUGCCUUUGUUUUGGACUUCUCAAUCAGCAUCCACUCCAUGCAACUGCUUUCUCAUCCAAACCAGUUUGGAGACAUUUCGAUCUCUACAACUUAUAUUUGAUUGAAGUGCUGCAGUUCCUCCUUUGAUAAGGUUUGUCUCUCUAGUCGUCUUUACUAUUUCUACCUGUGCCACCCUAUUGCCAGCUGUCCCAGGACGGCCUCCAAACACAGCACUGAACCAAACCACGCUGCACUUACUUUUAAAAUAAUUUCUUGUGUUACAAUGAAUGUCUCUGUCUCAUUUUUUUCCUUUAAAUCCUGAAAAUUUUCAGUAUCUUUAUAGCAGCCCACCACUUAGGAUUCGACUUUCAGCCAUGUGCAGGGGACAAUCACUUUUACACAUCAGCACUUCAUUCAUGUGGAACUGCCAAACUAUUUUUCCGUAGCUCCAGUCAUUCUGUUUACUUCCACAUCUUUCUGCAGACUCAAGUAUUUAUAGAACCCUUCUAAAACUCAGUGUCCUCACUGAGGAGGGACUGCUGUCUGAGGUGACAGUCACACACUCCUGGGGGUGGUGGUUCUGCUGGAAUUGAGAUACUUAAACCCAGUGCAAAGAUACAAAAGGUAAACAUUGUGCUGGGGACAAAGCAAGGUUAACCAAAAACAUGAAAGAAAACGUGCUCCAGCUGUGGAAGUUGGUUCUGUGCCAUGCAUAAGUGUAUUUACUUGAGUAGAGAGUGAUGGAAGAAUCAGACCAAGGAAUCCUGCUGUAAAAGUUUGUAACACCCACGCAGAUCUCUAUUAGCAUUCCUGAAGAGUUGUACUCCCAGAAUAUUUCAGAACUGUUUAACAUCACCUCCAAAAAUCAUCAAUCUCUCCAGAGCUUCAAUCUUUGUGUCUGGUGAACAGAUUGUCCAUUUAUGCUGUGCUAUUGUGCUACAGGGAAAGUCUGGAUCAGUACUUCAAAGUCUGCAAAUGGUAAGUAAAAGGACAUUUUCCCACUAUUUAAAUACAAAAUAAUACAAAAUAACUAGAUCACUUUCCUAACAGCAGCAAAAACCCAACCCUGUAAUCCUUAAAUUCAGAUGACAAAAAAACAUGCAAAAGCACUCUGUUGUCUGAACCACGUGGAAGCUGUUUUAAGAUCAUCUUUAGGUGCCUACAUUUUAAUUUCAAUUUUGGAAAGCCAAGAACCACCAACCCCUUUUCUAAAUGUUCAAGAUAAGUUUCUUGGCAUAAAACAUUCCUAAAGCUUUUUUUGCAGAAGGCAAAAAUUACCCACUUCUUCCCCCAACCCCUUCCAGAGAAGCGUUCAUAUAAAUGCAAACCUCAAAAGUGGCUUAAUCUGUUAAUCCCAGUACCAUACACUUAAGGGACAUCAUUGAACAACGCAUCCACCACUCAUUUACACAGGUGGGAUUAAUUUUGACAUUCCUCUUGCAGCAUCUGGAUCAUGUGAUGAAGGGCUCCUAAAAUUAAGUUGGUGAGGCACUGCAAUGUAAUCUUUUUAAAAAGGAAUUAUCACUCUUAGCAAUUCCAUCAGUGUUCAACAAAAGGUCAAGAAAAUGGGAAGCAGGGGGGAGGAACCCCUGCUCCCCAUCCUGGAGCACUCCAUACCCGUGGCACAGGAGGCAACUUGGGGCCUCCUCAGCAUCACUUCACACGUGAGCACGGACUCCCCCUGGCACCCUUAACCAAAGUAAUAAUAAACAUAAAACAUAUAAUAAAUGUAAAAAAAUCAAAAUAAAAUGCCUGCUGCGUUUUAUUACCUCCUCCCUUCGCUCUGCUCUCCUGCUCUCUUGCUAUAGGUUAUUGUUUACUUUUUCCCCCUCUGCUCCUCGAAUUGUGUGAUGCAGUCACACCACACUUCUCACUCUGCACAUUUCCUUUAACUCUCUCUUCUCUGCUUCCUGCCCCAAAAGCUGUACCACCUAUUUCCUUCCUGUUUUUCUUCUACUAUAAACGUCAAAUAAAAUCCAUCUCUCUCGGGCCUGCAAAAAAAAAA